AUCCCCGGGAUCCCCGGGCUCACUCGCACACCCCUCCCGGAGCUGUCCCCGGGAUCCCCGGGAUCCCCGGGCUCACCCGCACACCCCUCCCGGAGCUGUCCCCGGGAUCCCCGGGAGCGCCGGGCUCACCCGCACACCCCUCCCGGAGCUGUCCCGGGGAUCCCCGGGAGCGCCGGGCUCACCCGCACACCCCUCCCGGAGCUGUCCCGGCCGGGGAUCCCCGGGGCCCGCUCUGCCCCGGGCUGAGCAGCCGCAGCUCCCGCAGCCUCAGCCCGGCAGUGACGCUCCAGCCCUGCAGCAUCACAGGGUGCUCGGCGGGCUCUUCUGAGCUUGUCCCUGUCCCUCGUGUCUGGGGGAGCCAGCGCUGGGCCCGGCGCUACGGGGUGGUGUCCAGGUGCCAAGGUUGCUUUGUUCAUGGUUCAUGGUCAACUCGGUGUCUCCCAGGACCCCCGGAGCCCUUUCUGCGGAGCUGUUUCCCAGCCGGCUGCUCCCUGCCCGUCCUGAGGUCAGGAUCCCGCACUGCCCCGUGCUGGCCCUCCUCAGGCUCCUGCCCCCCGUCUCCGCUGCCCACCCUGAAUCCCUCCUCACUAGGGAGCUGCAAGACCCGCUGGGUGAAGCCACCUCUCCCCGGUGGGUGUCAUCUGUCACCGUGCUGGGGGUGCUCUGCCUGGUCUCCAGGUCCCUACAGGCGGCGACAGACGGGGCCAGACUCAGCACUAACCCCGCGGUACACUGCUCGCUGCUGGCCGCUGAAUACCCUGCUCUGGGCUCCCCACACAGCCCCUGCUCAGUGCAGCCCCUCCCGGCUCAUCCCAACACUUCUCUCGGAGGAUCCCAAGGGGUACAGCGUCAAAAGCUUUCCUGUAGCCUGGGCAGACGCUGUCCCCUGCACUCCCCUCGUGCACCAGGUCUGGCAUUUCACCGCGGAAGGUGACCGGAAUGGUCAGGCACGAUCCCCGUCGGUGACACCCUGCCGGUUUCUCUUCAGCUCCUUUCCUGUGCUUCCCGUGCUCAGACGGCUUCCAGGGCCAUUUGUGUCACCACCUGCCCAGGGACAAGAGGUGAGGCUGAGCCCUGCCCCCAAGAGCUUCCCCCGCCAAAGCAGCGCCCCUUGCACACGGCUCCCACGUAUUUGCCUGGAGAUCCAUUGGACCGCAGCACCCGGGCAGCCUCCUGCACCCCGCCGCGGACGCCCCCGCUCCCGAGCCCGGAGCGGCGGCACCGGCGGCGGGACCGCCCCGCCACCCGCGCUUGGGGCGGGGCCCGCCGGGGGCGGAGUCACGGCGGGGGCGGGGCUCGGCGGUGCCGGUGCUCCCGGUGCCCGCGGUGCCGCUCGCUCCCGGGAUGGAGCUCCCGACCGGCACCGAGAGCGCCCGCCUGGUCAGCCCGCGGAGCGGCCGCGCCGACGGCAGCCUGCGCCUCAAGAGGUACCGCCGGCUGCGGCAAUCAUCCCCUCGGCAUCCAUCACCGGCACCUCCGGCAUCCCAUCACCGGCACCCAUUGCCCCGGCAUCCCAUCACCCCGGCACCCCACCACCGCCAGCACAACUCCAUCACCGGCGCCUCCGGCACCGACGGCACUUCCAUCACCGGCACUCCCAUCACCGGCACCUCAUGGCACCGGCACCUCGGACACUCCUGUCACCACCGGCACUUCCAUCACCACCGGCACUUUCAUCACCACCGCGGCACUAGCACCUCCAUCAUCGGCACCUCCAUUACCCUGGCACCGCCACCCCCGGCACCCCAUCAUCUCCCGGGGCUGCCGGCAAUUCCUCGCACGGCCACCUCCAUUGUCCCCCGCAUCUGCAACCCUCGGUCCUCCCGCACCCGCGCUGCCGGCACCUCCAUCGCCCCCGUCGCCCUCAGCUGCUCCGGCACCCGCAAGCCCCCGGCACGUCUCGCCGCCCAGCUCCCGCCUCCCACUCCCGACACCGGCACCCCGGCACGUCCCUCGCCGCCCGCCCCCGUGCCUCCAUCCAUCCGACACGGACAUCGGCACCUCCGCAGUCCCCGCGCCAGCCCUGACGGUCCGCCCCUUGCACCGUCACGUCGCCACCGGCACGCUCACCCCGCCACCGGCACCUCCGCUCAAGCGGAACCAGCCCCGCCGUGCGCCAGCCUCGCUCCCCCCUCGGGCGUCCGUCCCGCACCUAUCGGCGCCCAAACGUCACCCACCCACACCGGUACCAUCCAUCCAUCACCCGCCCACGCCGGUACCGUCCAUCCGUUAGCCCCCGUCCCGGUGGGCUGUCAUUCCCUGUUCCCGCACUGCUGCCCCCGUCGUCCCCUCCUCACCCCUCACGUCUCCACGGUGCCCGUCCCGCAGCCCGGCCCCAGGCGCAACACCUCGCUCCCACCUGCUCCUGCCCGCGGGUGCCACACCAGUCCCGUCUCCGGUUCCGGCGGGAGCCCCGUGCCGCCGCCUCCUGCUGCUGCCGCCGGUCCGGUGGCUGCUUGUGCGGCUGUGGGGGGUUCCACCGUCCCCCACCGGCUGCUUGGCUGCCUACCGCUGGGCGGCUCUGGAGACCCCUCAGCACCGGCGGCCCCCCCGGCCCCGGAUCCCCGCUGCCGCUGCAGCCCGCCGACCCCCAGCCCCGGGCAGGGCAGGCUGCAGGCCCGCCAGCAGCUGAGCAUCGCCUGCGCCGUCUGCUGCCUCUUCAUGGUCGGGGAGGUGAUAGGCGGGUACCUGGCACACAGCCUGGCCAUCAUGACAGAUGCGGCCCACCUGCUGACAGACGUGGGCAGCAUGUCCGUCAGCCUCUUCUCCCUCUGGGUCUCCAACCGCCCACCCACCAAGACCAUGACCUUCGGCUGGCACCGCUCAGAGACCCUGGGUGCGCUGGCCUCUGUCCUCUCCAUCUGGGUUGUGACUGCAGCCCUCGUCUACCUGGCGGCCGCCCGCAUCAUCAGCAACGACUACGAGAUUGAGGCGCGAGCCAUGCUGGCCACGUCCGCCUGCGCCGUCGGCGUCAAUCUGGUCAUGGCCUACAUCCUGCACCAGUCCCCUGCUGGCCACGGCCACGGCACAGGGGCCUAUGAGCAGCUGGAGAGCUCUGUGUCCUGCUCGCCCGGCCACAGCCCCCUACCCGGCAGCACCAGCGUGCGGGCAGCCUUCGUCCACGUGGUGGGGGAUCUGCUGCAGAGCGUCAGCGUCCUCGUGGCUGCCAUCAUCAUCUACUUCAAGCCCCAGUGCAAGAUUGCAGACCCCAUCAGCACCCUCUUCUUCUCGGUCUUCGUCCUUGGCUCCACCAUCACCAUCCUCAGAGACGUCCUCAGGGUCCUCAUGGAAGGGGCGCCGCGGGGCCUGGACUUCGACGCAGUGAAGGAGGCGGUGCUGGGGGCCCGCGGGGUGCGCGGCGCCCACGACCUGCACCUCUGGGCGCUGACGCUGAGCCACCCUGCCGUGUCGGUGCACGUGGCCGUGGAUGCCGGCGCUGACGCCGAGACGGUGCUGCAGGAGGUCACUGCACUGCUCCAGAGCAGGUUUGGCUUUGCCUUGUGCACGGUACAGGUGGAGCAGCACCAGGAGGAGACAGCAGGUUGUCCCCACUGCCAGGACCCCCGAACCUGAGAGCCCCUCCCGCUGCUACGUUGGGCCAGACGUGGCCCUGGCCCCAGCUCCUUGUGCCACAGCAGGGCAGUGCUUGAGAUUCCACCCCCCCUUUACCCACCCCAGUGCUGUGGAGUCCUGGGGUGGGACAGUGACUCCAGUGUGGUGUCCUGGGGGGAAAGGACACAUGGCCUGGCCUGUGGAGCACAGGGGCUCCCUGGGAUCUUCC